AUGAUAUUGCUGCAAUUUGAGAUUACUUUCACUCCUCUUCAUGCUGUGGAAGGACAAGCCGUUGCCAAUUUUCUGGCAGCACACCCGCUGCCGGCAGAUUCUCCUCUGAACGAUGAUUUACCUGACGAACAAAUCAUGAGUUUGAGGGAGUCUGACGAGGCCGUCUGGGAAUUGUAUUUUGAUGGAGCAGCAUCCUCCCGUAGGAAUGCGACCCAACAAUCUAUAAUUCCUGGAAAGGCUGGACCCUGCACAAAUAGCGAACCUGAAUACGAAGCUCUGAUAACCGGUUUGGAACUUGCAAUUCUAAUGGAAAUUAAAGAGAUUAAGAUCUUUGGAGAUUCCCAAUUGGUGAUUAACCAAGUGGCCGGAACCUAUAAAGUCUUGAAUCAUAAUCUCCUAAGAUACCACCAGUACACACUUCACUUGUUGGAACAAAUUCCUACCGCCACUUUGUAUAGGGUUCCCCGUGGAAGUAACUCCGCAGCGGAUGCCUUAGCAAAACUUGCAAAGGAAUUUGCAUGUCCUGAGGAGGAUUCCAUCCCUGUAGAGAUACAGGGUCGUAAGACCCUUUCUCUUAUAGAUUUGGAACACAUUAGUAAGACUCCCCUUCAGAUCCUUUCUGCCUCUUCUACAACCGACGAAUAA